UUAAUCCACUUGAAGCAAAAUGGGAAAGUAAAAAAACUUGAACGAUGGGUACCUCAUGAAUUGAGUGAAUUGAACUUGCAAACACGCGUCGACUGCUGUGUUACUUUGCUCAACCGACACAAUAAUGAAGGAAUUUUAAAUCGAAUCAUUACUUGUGAUGAAAAGUGGAUACUGUACGAUAAUCAGAAGCGGUCGUCGCAAUGGCUGAACCCUGGAGACCCAGCCAUAUCCUGCCCUAAACGAAAAUUGACUCAGGAAAAGUUACUUGUGAGUGUUUGGUGGACUAGCGCCGGUGUCGUUCACUACAGCUUUCUAAAAUUACGGCAUAUCUAUUGUCAGCAACUGCAAACCAUGAAGGAAGAACUAGCUGCUAAACAACCAAGAUUGGUCAAUCACUCUAGGCUGCUGCUUCACGACAACGCAAGACCACACACUGCACAACAAACAACCACUAAAUUAGAUGAGCUACAAUUGAAAUGUCUGCGACAUCCACCGUACUCCCCGGACCUUGCUCCAACAGAUUACCAUUUUUUCCGGAAUUUGGACAACUUCUUACAAGGAAAAAAAUUCAACUCCGAUGUGGCAGUCCAAACCGCCUUCUAAGAGCUUAUUGAUUCUUGCCUCCAUGGUUUUUUUAGUAAAGGGAUCAAUGAAAUACCUAUGAGAUGGCAAAAGUGCAUACAUAACAACGGUGCAUACUUUGAUUAAUUAAAAAUAUUUUACAAAAAAAAUUGACUAUAUAUUCCUCCGUACAAAACGUCAAUUUCAUAUGUAAGAACCUAAUAAUAUCGUCCAGUGGGAGGAAAUAAAAAAAAUCGCCUCGUUAUUCGCCAAACUGGUUCUUUUGAAAUUACGAUUUGGCCCGCCAUUGUGUUUAAAUAAUGUUUUAAUUUAUAGUGGUAAAAAAAUAUAAUUGUAGAUCAUCACUACCGCCUUACGUUCAAUAACAGUGUGUUUUAAAUUCGAAGAUGCAACAUACCAAGCUGCAUAUCAAAUAUUUAUUAAAAUCAAAUAAUUAUUACUAUCCAAUAAUUAUUUUGAGAUCCGUCUGUAUCAUGAAAAAAAACGAUUAUCGAUUCCGAAAUCACGAAAUUCUUGUUUCAUUAAGAACUUAACGGAGCAGGAAUAUGACUUAAAAAUGAGAUUAUAAUUAUACUACUAUAAAAAUUAAUUAUAUUAUUUGCUUGCCGACUAACUUAGUUUUAACAAUUAUCGCCAAAAACCUAUUUCAAUAACUUAUUUAGAUAUUUUCUCUACUAGAAACUACAAUUUUAUGCGGUUUUAUUGGUAGCGUUGCAAGUGUAGAUCGUACCUAAAGUUCAUAAGUGUAGUGUAGAGCCGGCAUAAAAGUUUCGCAUGUCAUUUUUUAUUUUGACAAUUCAUUGUAAACAAACGCUUGAUAAUAAUAUGGAUUAUGGGGAUGUAUAAUGUAUAUUUAUAAAAAGGAAAUCAAUAAUAUUGUUUUGAUAUAUGGAUAUUGAAAUACUGUUAAUUAUAAGAAAAAACAUGUGGGUAUUUGGUUAUGGUUCUUUGGUGUGGAAAGUAGACUUUAAUUACGAGUUUAAAGUUAUAGGUUAUAUAGAGGGUUACUUAAGAAGGUUUUAUCAGCACAGCAUUGAUCAUAGAGGAAUACCAGAGAAGCCUGGGCGUGUAGUAACUCUGAUACCUGCAGAUGACCCAAGCAGUAAGGUAUGGGGUGUAGCAUACAAAAUAAGAACAGAGGAUGUUGAACAGGUCACAAAUCAUUUGGACUUUAGAGAAAAAAAUGGCUAUUCUAAGAAAACAUUCCAUCCAAAAGAUUCAAAUCUAGAACCUAUUAUUUUAACUCUAUAUGUAGCUACAAUGGAUAAUGAAUCUUAUGCUGGUGCAGCAUCUAUAGCAAAACAAGUUAUUAGUUGUAGUGGCCCAAGUGGUUCUAACAAAGAGUAUGUGUAUAACUUGGCUACAGCAAUGAGGCAGUUAUUUCCUAACACUGAAGAUGAUCACCUUUUCUCACUUGAGUCUGCAGUUAAAAAACUUGAUCCAGAUAUAAGGAAGAAUAAUUCAUAAUACAAUAAUUUGUUAGUCAAUUAAUGUAUUUAACAUUAAAGUCUCAGUAGCAGCUCAGUCUUAAAAUUGAAAGUGCUUACACUCCCGUCUCUCGGAAAAUAUGUAAAGCUGUUGAGCCUGUGCCUGAGCUUAUACUGUUUGUUUCGGUUAAAGAAUAUUUUACCAAUUCAAUUAUAGAUUUAUUUAUCCUGCAGAAUACAGGUGCAGCUCUAUAACAUGUUCUGCGCAGUUCUGCUAGUCUGUUACAAGUGACUAUGGUGCCAAAAAUCAGUUAGAAAAACAUUAAAUCAUUUUUUAAUAAAUGUAUGACUUUUUGGACAAACAUUAGAUUAAUUUUAUCGGUUACAUAAUCAAAAUAUAAAUUAGCUUUUCAUUUAUUUAAUCUGUGUAGUUAAACUACACAUGAUAUUAAAUAUAAAUAUAAAAAAAGUUAUUAAUUAGAUUAUCAAUCAUUUUUUUGUUAUGCCAUUUGUUUUUUAAUAUUUAUGAUAAGAAAUUUUAUUCGAAACAACUCUUUAAUGCUGUUUAUUCUAUUGUAUUGUUUAUGAAUAGAAAAUAUGAACAAAAAUUAAAUUAGACAUUUAAUUUCAUCAAUCCGCAUAGGAGCAGUGUGGUUUAAUAAACUCCAAACUAAAAAGAAGAUGAGGCCUUAGCCCAGUUUUCGGAAAUAGACAGGUUGUCACAUAUGUUUUUAUGUUUCCAUUUAUAUAAAAGUGUUAACAGCCUGUGAAUGUCUCACUGCUGGGCUAAGGUCUUCUCUCUUUUAUUGAGAAGAAGGUUUGGAGCUUAUUCCAUCACGCUGCUUCAGUGUGGGUUGGUGGAAUACACAUGUGGCAGAAUUAUAAUCAGGCAAUUAGUAUUAACUAUUUGUAUCAUAGCUAUUUUUAUUUGUUUAUAUUUAAUACUUUUGUGCAUUAAUUAAAAAAAAGUCAUAUAGGAAAGAUGUAUUGUGAAUAUUUUUAGUUUAUAUUUAACUUUGUCCUGUAAAUAUAUUUAGAACCAACAGUUUUA